GCUGAGGCUCCCGGUGGGGUACCACGGCAGGGCCUCCUCAGUGGUCGUUUCUCGGACCCCCAUCCGCCGGCCCUCCGGCCAGAUGAGGCCGGACCAGACAAAGCCUCCAGUGUUUGGCCCGUCUAAGCAGCUGGACAUCGAGCUGGAGAUGGCCUUCUUUGUUGGAGGAGGGAAUCAGCUGGGGGAGCCAAUCCCCAUCGAGAAAGCCCAUGAACACAUCUUCGGCAUGGUGCUCAUGAACGACUGGAGCGCCAGGGACAUCCAGGCGUGGAGGAGUAUGUUCCUCUCGGUCCCUUUCCUGGGGAAGAACUUUGGAACAACCAUUUCCCCCUGGAUCAUCCCCAUGGAGGCGCUGUUACCCUUCGCAGAGCCCAACGCCAUCCAGGAUCCAGAGCCCCUCCCUUACCUGCAGCACCCGGACCCCUUCACCUUCAACAUUAACCUAUCUGUGUCACUUAAAGGGACAUGGGCAGAUGCAGCAACCAUCUGCAAGACAAACUUUAAGUACAUGUACUGGACCAUGAAGCAGCAGCUCACCCAUCACACAGUGACCGGGUGCAACGUGAGACCAGGGGACCUGCUGGCCUCGGGGACCAUCAGUGGACCUGAUCCAGAGAGCUUUGGCUCCAUGCUGGAGCUGUCCUGGAGGGGCUCUAAGAACAUUGAUCUGGGGGGAGGAGAAACCAGAACUUUCCUGAGGGAUGGAGAUCAAGUCACCAUCAAAGGUUACUGUCAGGGAGAUGGAUACAGGGUGGGCUUCGGACCCUGCGCGGGGACCAUCCUCCCCGCCCUGCAGCACUGAAACACACUUAUUGUUACUUAAGUGGGGAUCAUUUAGCGUUUCCACACACACACACACACACACACACACAAACACACAAACACACACACACACACACACACACACACACACACACACACACACACACACACACACACACACACACACACACACACACACACACACACACACACAGGUCUGAUUACAACUCUUUUCAGAAUAUUUUUUAUUAAAUGACAAAACUUGGUAAACAGUCAAUAGGGCAAACAUAUUUGGAUUAUUCCAAGUUAAAGUUGCCCUAAAAUCCCUGUGUUCCCUCCACUCAUUUGUUUACUUCAGCAACAUAGUGACAUCAUUAUGUAACACUUGACACGCGCCUCUAUUGGCUGGUGUGUCAACACAUUGCACGUGAUAGGCUAAGGGGCUCUCUAAGCGGUUUGACCAAUCACAACAGAGCAGGUCAGCUAACUAAUCAGAGCAGACUGGGCUCUGGUUUCAGACAGAGGGGUGAAAAGGAGGUGCUGCAGCACAGGCAGUAUGAGAAAAAUAAAGAGCUUUUUGAACAUUAAAGCAUGGAGACAUGUGGCUGGUAGAGACACUACAUACUGAUAGGAACCCUAAUAUUAGCAGAAUAUGUCCUCUUUAAAAUAGUCCCAGAAUGUAAACUGUAUUUAGAAUUUCUUCAGCCCCUUUUAAAGACAAAAAGGUGUCGGUAGAAAUAAAUCAUGCACAUUUCAUUUAGUUUUCUAAACUGACUUUAAAGGUCACCUAUUAUGCAAAAUGCACUUUUUGUGUCUUUUCUAUAUAUGUGUCCCUGGUGUGUCAGGAGACUCACAAAGUGUCCGAAAAUAAAACCCUCUCUCUUUCAA